AUGUUUGGGUGUUUUAUCAGAUGCCUGGCCACUGGGGCCAUCUUUUUGGCUUUUGGGAACCUGAGUCUUUUUCUGUUCGCUGAAAUAUUCCUGGUUUUGUACCGGAGAAUGCACAAUAAGAUAGUUAUGAAAAAGCUAGCUGGCAAAUGGGGCAUCGUCACAGGGUGCACAGAUGGAAUUGGCCUGGGAAUGGCCAGAGAGCUGGCUGCGCAGGGAGUAAACCUUGUGCUUAUCAGCCGAAGCACAGAGAAGCUGCAGAAGCUCCAAGAAGAGCUCAGCCCAAAGAUCAAAGUGGAAAUAGUUGCGAUUGACUUUGAAAAUGAAGAGAUCGACUUCAGCAAUGUUCUAUCUGGGGUAAAGAAAUACUCUCCACACAUUCUGAUAAAUAAUGUGGGAGUAAAUGCAUCCAAGCCCACGGCCUUCAUGGAGCACACUCAGAAUGACAUCGAUAGAAUAAUCAAAGUGAACAUCAUCAAUACGCUCAAAAUCACUCGGGAGUAUCUUGCAUGGGAUGCGUUCCCCUCUGAGAAAAAGUACGUGCUGUCAACUGGGUCUAUGCUCGGGUCUAUGCCCAGCCCGUUUCAGCAGGUGUACGCUGGAACAAAAGCUUUUCUGCAGGUGUGGUCAGAGUCCAUGUCAACGGAAAUACCAAGAUACCACUUUGAGCUUUUAAUGACAGGCCUUGUGUGCUCGAAGCUCUCAGGUGCAAAACGCCCUAACAUCUUCACUCCAUCAUCUGAUGCGUAUGGAAAAGCAUGCAUCCACUCUUUUGGCUCUGCCUCCAUUACAUACCCGUACUUCCCGCACUAUUUACUUAGUCUGCUCACUGCUCUGAUUCCAAGAAGAAUCAUUGGGUUAGCACUAGAUAAGGUGGGGAGAGGCAUGCGGGCGAGAAAGCAAAGAUCCAGCAGAAAAACAGAAUAG